AAAUUGCAAAUCGCAAAAUUUUUUAAUGUCCACCAGACACCGAAAUGAGGUACAAUGUAGAUAUUAGAAACUACAGGUAACUGUACCGCCUACAUCAAUGAGCAUAUAUAUAUGUCGAUAUCUCCUGAUUAAUAAAUUAUUUGGAUGUUACUAGAAUAUCUUCGAGGUUUUUGGGUCUACGGUAAGCCAUGACGGGAGGUGAUGGAAAAAUCUCGUUUAAGGAAGGAUCAUUUUCAAUAAGACGCCAGUGUUUGUGGACAAUGAAUAUAUAUGUAUAUAUAUAUAUAUAAUGUCUAAAAAUAGCAACAAUCAACAUUCAAUCUAUUUAUUGAUUGAUUGAUUGUUGGUUGCUUAACGUCCAGUGGCAAAUAUUUCAUGCAUAUUCAGGACGAGAACAAAUUAACAAUAAAUACAAUAGGUAGGUUCUGUAAUAGGGGCGUCCGGGAAUAAGGUCGGAGAAAUUUAGACUGCCACGGGAAAUGAGGGUAUAUUGGAUAAGGACAGAAAUUUAGCCUCGCUACAGAUCGCCUACGGACACCUCAAAGAGUUUUUGCAAGGGUUCUUAACGUGCAAAGAGCGUAGCAUUCUCUUUACACGAGGCAUCGGAUUUAACGUCCCCAUUCUGACCGGACGUGGCUGCAAAUUUGUACAUCCCGCACAGCCAAACGGACGCCCCACUUUAGCAAGGGUUUUACUGCCGGUCGGAGGAAGACCAAUGGUGACCGUACUUCUAUUCCCCAGUCACCCUUGGGGGGUUCAAUCUAUUUAGACGUGGAUCAGUUCGUGAAAAUAAACUGAUACAGUUACUGAAUUAAAAUUAUAUAAAUGUCUAAGAAUAUAACUUAAGCACGCUAAUUAAUAAAUUAAAAAGUUCUAUUAGAUUUUAAUUAAAAAUACGCAAUAUUUCGCUAAACAAAUUAGCUUCAUCAUGCGUGUGCAUCUCUCAAGUUAAAAUCGGAUGCAUGACAAAAAAAAUAUUUGUGUAGCUUGAACUACACAAAAUUUGAGUAAAAGUUAAGCAUAUUUAUUGAUGUUCUAUAAAAAAAUAUGUUUGUAGCUACAACUUCAUAAAGUUGGAGUAAAAGUUUAACAUAUUUAUUGAUAUUUGAUAAAUUGUAUGAAUUUCAAUAAAUUAAUUUGUAUGAUUUCAAGAUUAUUAUUUAGAUUUGUUUUUAAAUCAUUUUUCGUCUCUCUCAUUUAGUCCAUCAGAUUAAAGAGUUCGUAACUGGUGCAUUCAAAAUCCCUCUCAUUUUUGUCCUCCUUGUGGAUCCCAAUUUUGGUUUUUCUUAAUGAUUUGAAAUGUGACGUUUUCAAAAUCAAGCCCUGCUCUUAAAAGAUGUCUUGUGAUUGGGCAGUUUCUUUCUUUAGUAUAAAAUGACCGAUGAUUAUUAAGUCGGAUGUUAAAUGAUGUUUCUGUUUCACCAACAUAUUGCAACUUGCAUAAUUGGCCCGAGAACACAGUUAUUUCGUAGUGCAUUUCUUUUAGACAAUAAAUUCAAAUUAAAAAAAUCGCACCUGCUCUAUCUCAAAAAGGUUUUUUACAGUGUAGUGUUCUACUAUUGAUACAAAUAAUAUCAAAAUUAUAGAAACUUCUACCAGCUCUAACUCAAAAUAUUGACAAGUCUGUGUUAAGGGGGGCUAAAAUUCAGUUUGACAGCUUCAGACAUUCGAAUUUUUGACCUUUUUUAACAGGACCAAAUCACUACUUAACAUAAAGAUUCAGCACCCAAAUUUUUUUAACAGGUAAUUUCAUCCCCUUAUUUAAUAUUUCAUGCAUAAAAUAUCAAGAAAUGAAUUGGGAAAGUGUAUACAAAAAAAUGCAAGUUAUACACUGUUCACACUAGGGACUAUAUUCGUAGACAACGAAAACCAAAGGACUAUAACUGUGUCCUUGGACCUAAUGGGAUAGAUUGACUUGACAAAUUUUAAUUAAACUUUGCACGACUUAAGUUUAUGAAAUUAUAAGAUAGUUGGCCAAGUUUCAUGGCCAUAGGAUAUAUAUUAUAGAAACUAGUGUCAUUUUAAUAUUGAAAUUUAGAUGUUUAUUUUUGACGUUUAAAUCAAAUAUUUUCAACUGUCAAGAUUUUGGCCUAAAAAAUUUAAAUAUUGCAAAAAUUUGCUUUUUAAAUACUCUUGAAUAUAAGAUAAUAAGUAUUAAAAGCAACGGAACACUCAUUUGAUUUAUCAGAUUUAUCACAGUUAUUCAAAAGUCAAAUUUAUAUGAGCCUGUGCCUGAAAAUAGAGAUUUUCGAAUUAAGGGAAGCCUUACAUAAACAUGCAUUUUUUUCAACCAAUUUGAAGGUUUUGAAGUUUUUUAACCAUACAUUAUUCUUCCAUAUAUAUUAAAUGUACUUUAAAUGUAAAGAAAAGUUACAAAAUGCAUACCACAUGAGUAUAAAAUGGUCUUCGGCCAUGUAAGACUGAGAAUUAUUUAGAGUCGAUUUAGGCCUUAGCCCAUAUUUACAUAUAAAAAUGCACACAGAGGCUAUAAGAAAUGGAAAUUUGUUACUUUUUGCUCAAUUCUAUGCGAAGAUGUUAUGAUACAAGAAGUCUAAUUGCAAAAGGACUCUUGAAUUCAACUUUUUUUUGCAGACAGUAUAGUCUGAUGACCAGUUUUUCACUUUUCAAUGGAAAACUUGCAUGUAGUUUUAGUCUCAAUUGGCAUAUAUUUACUAUCCUAAAGAAGAAAAUUAUGGUAGCAUAUGAAAUGAAUAGGGUGUACUGAUCAUUGUAAAGUGGUUUUUUUUUACAGAUUUAGUGAAAUAUUUGUGAUGGACUACAGAUUUUAUGUACAAAGCUCUUCACAUUUCACAUACAUCAAACAUGCCGUUUAACCAGGGACAUAAAUACAAAUAUUCUGCACAUUUUUUCUGUGAUAAUCUACUUUUCUCUAGAUUCAGAGUUCACAAAUGGUUAAUUAAAUUUGAUUAAGGCAUAGAAACACAAAUAUCAGGAACAUAAAAAGCUGUCAGAUAGAAAUUCAGCAUGGCUCUUAAACAUAAAAUGGAAACUGCUUUAAAGUGCUUAUUUUAGCUGUAUAAUACUAAAAUGGGACAUUUUAACAGAAUUUCUGUCAAACAAAGAUGUAAAUCCUUUACUUUUAUUGAGUUUGACAAAUUGAAACCAGCAAACCAUUCAGGAAAGUUGCCAAGGUACAGAAUCUACAUUGACGGAAUUCAUCUCUUAGGCCCGAGAACACAGUUAUUUAGUAGUGCAUUUCUUUUAGAAAAUAAAUUCAAAUUUAAAAAAUCGCACCUGCUCUAUCUCAAAAAGAUUUUUACAGUGUAGUGUACUAUUAUUGAUACAAAUAAUAUCAAAAUUAUAGAAACUUCUACCAGCUUUAACUCAAAAUAUUGACAAUUCUGUGUUAAGGGGGGCUAAAAUUCAGUUUGACAGCUUCAGACAUUCGAAUUUUUGACCUUUUUUAAUUGGACCAAAUCACUACUUAACAUAAAGAUUCAGCACCCAAAUUUUUUUAACAUGUAAUUUCAUCCCCUUACUUAAUAUUUCAUGCAUAAAAUAUCAAGAAAUAAAUUGGGAAAGUGUAUCAAAAAAAAAUGCAAGUUAUACACUGUUCACACUAGGGACUAUAUUCGUAGACAACGAAAACCAACGAAAACCAAAGGACGAUAACUGUGUCUUUGGACCAAAUACAAUUUUGCGUUUUGCAAUUUGAUGUUAUACAUAUGUUGAAUUGUUUAUUUGUGACUGUGCUGACGAAUUGGGUUUCGAUGUUGGCGACUUUGCAGCACUUACAAUUGCCCCUUCCGCAUAGUUUAUAACCUCCUAUUGUCGAUAUCUAUUGAUUAAUAGAUAAUUUGGAUGUUACAAGAAUAUCUUCGAGGUUUUUGGGUCUACGGUAAGCCAUGACGGGAGGUGAUGGAAAAAUCUCUUUUAAGGAAGGAUCAUUUUCAAUAGGACGCAAGUGUUUGUGGACAAUAGAUGUCAGGAUGAAAGCUGACAACAAAUGGAAUUGUAUUUGUCUGUGCCGUCUUUUCUUUGUACUCAUGUAGGUUUGUUUGGUCUUUUUCUUUUGCUUUACCGAAAGCUUCUGAAAUAUUUUUGUUCUUGUAACCUCUUGAUUUUAGUUGCUGUCUGAGUUGUCCCAAUCGGUGGUUUAAUUUUGAUUCUGAUGAACAAAUCCGUUUUGUAUAUGUAUAUAUAUAUAUAUUUAUAAUUAAGAUAAGAUGAAAAGUAGUUUAUUUCAACCUUUAAAUUAUCAAAAGGAGAUCUACACGCAUGAUGAAACUUUUAUCUAGUUAAUAUUACAUGCAUUGAAUUUUUUUGUAAACAGUAAUGAACGAAUUAAAGUUACAUUCUAAUACAGGCAUAUUUGAUUUUACACCGUUAACAUACUGUGUUUAUUUCAAACUGAUCUACUACCUGAAUGGAUUGAAUACACAAGAAGAUGUGGCAUGAUUGGGCAAAGCUUUCAUCUGUCCACCAGACACCGAAAUGAGGUAUAAUGUAGAUAUUAGAAACUACAAAUAACUGUACCGCCUUCAUCAAUGAGCAAAACUCAUAUCGCAUAGAAUGAUAUAAAAAGCUACACAUGAAAAAUGUAAAACACGUCACUUUGUCGCCAUUCAUGGUGACUCUUUUUUCGAUUAAACAUAUCCGGACUAAAUAUUGUGUUGCUUUUUUCAGCAUAUAUCAAUUCAGAAUAAUUUUGCAAGGAAUGGACUUAUCUAGUUUGUUAAGCGAUCGAACUUAAGUUAAUGAAUGAAGCAACAUGACAAAUUGUGUAUUUUCCAUUAUGUUUCGACUGCAAGAAAUGCAGUGACUACCAGACAUAUCAUAGCAUCAUGUCCGAUAUAUAUAGAGAUCGACAUGCAAAGUUAGGAUGCAUGGUUUUGAAAUUGUUUCCCAAAUUUAUGCAGAUGAUUUUAAAAUAUUAUGAAACUCCACCGGGGUUAAAACAAAAAUAUUUGAAGCAACAUUUUUGUUUUGUUUUUACGGAAAAGGAAAUCGAUUUAAUGGACAAGCUUCCAAAUAUGAACGAGUUUACAAUAGAACUAUGCUACAAAAUACUAAGAUCUGAAAACAGGUUAGAUGAACCGAAAUGCAAAUGGGGAAAUGUUCCUCACGUUACAGAAGUAGAAAUAUCAGAUGAUAUCCAACGGCUGAUUAAUGCAACAAAUUCAAUUAAAAACAUCAAAUCUCAAGAAUUGACAGAGAAAUAUUUAGCACAGUUGCUGGAAGAAAUUAGAUUGAUAGCCACAAGAGGUGACUCCUUUUUGCAGCAAGACACCUUGGAAAGUAUGUAUAACAGUUUAUGCAGAUCCGAAACAGAUUCUAUUGACAUCCUACAAGAUCUUAUAAGGAUAAAAGCAAUUGAUGAAGCAGAAUUCCUACCGGAUACUGGGAGUGAAAAAAGGGAAAGAUAUUCUAGACUCUCGAUGGCCUUCAUUGACACUUUUCCGAACAUUUUAAGAGAUAUCAUUCGAUCAAAUAUUUCUGCCAGCGAUUUGUACCUGCGGUGCAUAAAUUAUAUUGGUUACUUUAACCCCGAACAGCAGGCAAACUUACGACAAUUACAGUAUUCAAGCACAUACAGCUCGUUGGAUGUUACAUUAAUUUAUAGACUUUUAAGACAGUUUCAGCUGAUACCACCUCCCACACAAGGAUGGGGAGCUAUUCCAAACAAAGCAGAUACCAAAUUAGCUGAUGACAUUGAACGAAUAAGAUGCUACAGAAAUCAAGUUGCGCAUCGAUGUGACACCAAUAUUGACGCAAAUGUGUUUGAUGAUUACUUCGACAAGUUUCAGAAUAUUGGUCGCAGAAUGGAUCUUAAUUUUUUCCAGAAGACAAAUUUUGAACAGCAAAUAAUUGGGCACAGAACAAGUAGGAUAGAUACUGAAAUGCUGAAAAAAUAUGAAAACGCUAUGAAGGAGAAAGAAUUGAUACAAUUGAGAUUUGAGAAGAAGCCAAUAAAGUUUUACUGGGGAGAAAGUUUUAAUAAAUGUUUGAAGAACCUCAGAUCUUUGUUUAAGGACGAACAAUCAGAAGGAAGACAGAAGAUUCGUGUACAGAUAAUCUUUCAGAGUGAGGAUGAUGUCGAGAGAAAUAUUCAUAUCCUUAAUUCUCUUAAAGACGAAAUAAAUGAAGGUUUACAUGGAAUAGAAUUUAUUGUUGCUACAAAGGGAAGUGUAGUUCUGAUUGUAGAUAUACUGCUGGAAAUGUUGGAAACAGAUGAGAAAUUUCACACAACCCUUGCUUUAUUUCUAGAAAAGAUUUUGGAACUCAUCAUGACCUUCACUACUGAGACUAUUGAUAUGGUUCUAUCACCUGUAGAAGAGUACAUGCAAUGGAAUGAAGCUAAAACAAUUAGAGAACCAGUUUACCUAGAAUUUGAUAUCGAGGCUCAGUUAUUUGAAACCGACGAUAUAAUGGAAGAACAAUUAGGAAAAAUAACUGACGUCAUCUUCAAACGUUCCAACGGAAGCGGAACAAACAAUAGUAUUACUGGAGCUAUCCUACCUUUUUAUCUUGAAAGUAUGUCAACAAAAGAAGCAUGUGCCCAAGCUCAAACACCGGAGGGUAAGUUGGAUGGGCGACUGAGACUUGUAACAUGCUAACUUGCUUUUCACUCUAAACGAACUUAAGUAUGAGCAACAUGAUU